AUGUCAUCUAUGCGCAACGCCGUGGCGCGGCGCCCGCACCGUGAGCGUGCCCAACCGCUGGAGCGUGGCCGACUGGGCCUGCUCGAAAAGCACAAGGACUACUCUCUCCGAGCCAAGGAUUUCAACAAGAAAAAGACCCAGCUGAAAUCGCUGCGACAAAAGGCCGCUGAUCGAAAUGAAGAUGAAUUCUACUUUGGCAUGAUGUCCCGCAAGGGCGCCGGAUCCAAACUCAAGGACGGCAAGAGCUGGACAGGCAAGCUCGAGGGCGACCGCGGCAACAGGGCAAUGGACGUCGAUACUGUGCGGCUGCUCAAGACCCAGGACAUAGGGUAUAUCCGGACGAUGCGGCAGGUGGUUGUCAAGGAAAUCGCAAGACUGGAACAACAAGUCGUCUUGACAAGAGGACUGGACCGUCUUGAAGACGAAGAGGACGAGGAAGACAAAGAAGACGAUCUGGACUCUGACGACGACGAGACGCCCUUGCCUGCGAAACCCAAGGCACCGAGAAAAAUUGUCUUCAUGGAUGACGAGGAGGAGCGAGAGGCUACUAUGCUGGAUAGGUUGGAGGCGGAGCAAAAUGACGACGGCGACGAGGAAGAAGAAGAAAAAGGUAGAAAUGCUGCCGCCGCAGAUGGGGAAGGGGACGACGAGGAAGCCGAUCCGGUCAAGUCGCUGCGGAGACUGAAGAGACAACUCGAAAAUGCUAAGAAGCAGCUCAAGGCUUUCAAUGAUGCCGAGGCACAUCUUGACGUGCAGCGCGCCAAGAUGGCCAAGACGGCGACAUCCGGAGGGAACACAAGGAGAGGGAGGAAAAUCAUGGUUCGCGCAAGGAAGCGUUAA